CUUACUAAUUCAAGCUUCUGCUCAUUUCUCCCCAGCAGUUUCGCAGUCCCUGCCAACUGACUGCAGCCAGACCAUGCAAUCCCCUGGCUCCACCCACCGCAUGAUGCCCCCUACCCAAGGGAUGCUCCAGAGCACCUUGGGCCCCGGCCUUGGGCCCACUGCUGCCACCGUGAACCAGAACAGCGGAGCCUUGGUGAUGAUCCCCCAUAACCCCAACAAGCAAGCCACCAUCUUCCCCCCCAACACCGAUUUCAACCUCCCGCUCCGAGGAAGCCAAAACUCAUUGGCCAUGACUUCGGGAUGCCAGACCGUCCACAGCCAUCCCGCAGCCCGGCCGGGGAUGGCCACGCCCAACUUCCCCGCCGGGGCUUUGGUGACCCAUUCUUCCGCCCAGCAGCACUUGAGGCAACCCGCCAUGGCCAGGAUGCCUGCUAUCUAUGCCAAUUCUUCGCCGCCGAUGUGGACGCCCACUGUCGUCCCCAGGAUGCCUAGCCAAAAUCCGAUGGAGGCCACCAUGCACCAGUUCCCAAACAACCCGGUCUUCUCCAAACAGAGUGUCAGGUCAAGCCUCCCCAGCCAACCGUUUUCUCACCAAGCCAGGCCGCCACCCAACCAGAUCGUUCCCGGGGUGCAGGCCAGGCAGAUGCAAAAAAUGAACCUUGGACCUUCUAACCAAAGCUUGAUCCCUCCAAAUAAUCAGAACCUGAGACAUGGCUUGGCGAGAGGACCUUUGCCAACUGCCAUGAAUGUUAUGAAACCCAUGCCCCAAGCGGUCUCGGGGUUCAACCAGCUCAACGCCGGCCCAGCCAUUGGGCCGCCGAGUUAUCCAGGCUCGGCUGGGCAGUCCUCCGUCACAACAUUCAACAGGAUGAAUGCCGCUUUGGAGUUGUCGCCGCAAUACGACUUCGUACCACAACAGAACAACGCUAUGUUGCCCGGGACGUGCAGCGAAGCUGACUUGAUCGAUUCGUUGAUGAAGAACAGCGGUGGCACAGAUGAAGACUGGCUAAAUAACUUGACAUUGAUAGAUGACAUUUUGGGACAACACGUUCAGAAUGCCGGACAUGUGUGACUCUCGAGAGGAAGGGAAGGAAGUGUAAAUAAUUUUGCAGGAAUGGAACCCAAGCAGUGACAAAAACGUUAUUUUAAAUCAUCUUUUUUUCCCCCCAAAUCGAAAGGAAAAAAAGGAUGUCCAACUUUGCUUAACUGCCCUUGAGGGUGUGUGUUUUUUUCCAAGCAGCUGUGUACAUAUUUGAAUAUUUUGUAAAUUAUGUUUUCCUAAACAUUAAAAUAUGGAAGUAUUUAUACUUCUUUGCUGGACACUGUAAAUACCUUAUGGACUACUUUUUUUUCCUUUCUUAUAUUAUAGGAAUUACACUUUGUUCUAAAUAUGCAAAUAUUAUUGUUAGUUCCAGUAAUACUGUGUAUUACAGCAUCAAAUAUUUUAUGUUUUUGACAUAACAUAUGAAUGAGAGGGGGUGCCCUGGACAACAGAAUAAACCGAAAGAAAAAUUCGCAGUGAUUCCUUCCUUCCUUCCUUCCUCCUUCUAGUGCAAAUUGGAGAAAUCCCCAUUUUGGAUCAGCCACCAACGCAGCUUCACAAAAACAGCUCUGUGAGACAAGCUCCUACACGAAAUGGAAAAAUUUGGGGGUUUGGGGGUUUAGUUUUCCCAUCUGGGGGUUUCUUCACGCAGUGAGUAUCUUCUCACGGCACGAUCUUAAACGGGGAGAGGCAAAAUUUGGGGUGGGGUGUUAUGUCCAUUGGAAAGCCAAUCCGUUGAAUCCGAUGUAUGUGUAAAAAAGAUAAAAAAAAUAAACCAGUGUGAACAUUCUCCUUAAAAACCUAAUUGCUCCAAACUAUUCCUGGAAAUUGUGGGGGGAGGAAAAAGAAUCAAUUUCCCCCAAAAACAAUCUUCUGAGGUUGUCCUGUUCCUUGCUUUCUUCUAGCUCUCUCUUGUUUCUCUUUAUAUUAUUUGUACACCUCCUGAACAUAGGCAGAAGUUUAGUUUUGUUUUUCUUUUCUGUUUUAAUUUUCUAACGAUUCCUGGGUUGUGCUACCUCUAACUAAAGACUCCCAUGCUUUGUAGUUUCUCCUUUAAUGACUUUGAUUUUUAAUUUUUUUUAUUUAAAAGAAAAGAAGCUAUUGAAAUAUUAGGUGUCCCCAUGAACUUCCGGGUUCUGUACAGCCCUUCCAAGCUAUGUGGCCGUAAGGGUGAACGAACCCCAUGGAUAAUAUCAAGGAAAGGUGCACAGCUGAGAGUAGCUACUACCUUCCCAAACCUUCCUUGGCCAGACCACCUCCAAUGAGAGUGCAGGCCGUCCUCAACACACGACCGUAAUCUGUCCGUGAUCCUUGUAUGACGCUCCUAAAACCCAUCUUCGCAAGCUUUUAUUUUGUGGCAGUCAUUAAGAAAAACAUCAUAAAGUUGCCGCCACGGCCAUUAAUGGAACGGCCAUUAAGCAAACCAAUGUUUCUUGAUUGGGGUGGUUUGGCUGAAAACCAGAAGCAAGUGCCAGUUUUCAGGGAAACCAUCAUCAAAUGCAACUGUAAGCCAUAAUUGUGGCCAUGUUGCUGAGCACCAAAUCACAUAGGAGCCGCGAUCAUCAGGCCUUUGAAUCCAGGGUCUACGCCCUAUUUUUUGAUCAGUUGUAACUUUGAAUGGUUAUUAAGUGAAUGGUCAUAAGUCAAUGAUUCCCGACAACCAAGACAUGGCGCUGUGGCUAUGCAAAGCUGCCCCUGGGGAAAUCAAAUGUUUGGUCUUGAUAACAUAUUAGAGGCUAGUUUUGCAAAAUGAUCCAUGCCAGGAUGCCCAGCUCUUAAAAACAGUUGUCUUUCUGAUUUGCUCACCUCAGUCGUGUUUAUUUGUAGCAGACAAAUGCUUCAUUCUUGGCUCCAAAUUCUUCUUAUUAUUUUGUAUUCUGUUUUAAAUAUACGGAUUUCCCUCUCUCCCGCCCCAAUUCCCUGGGAUAAAGAUGUUGAUUAAAAACACAACAUAAUUUUGGAUGUUUUUUCUGUCAUGUAUAUUUAAAGAGUCUGUUUAUCAAUGAAAUCCAUUGUACUGUACACUUCUUCAAAAAAAAAAAUGUUCCUACUUUGUGUAACCAUAUUUUAAUAGCCACAACCUCCUCCUUCAUUUGUAAAAUUAACAUUCAUGUCAGACACACCAAACUGUUUUUUCCUUCAUACCAUAAUAAACUGCCAGGGGAAAAAUUGCACUCAC